UACAACCACACUAGAUCUCACCCCCAAACUUCCCUCUGCCCUGUAUAACCGCAAAAACCCAACCCCAACAACUCGUACGGUCACAAAAGCGCCCACUUUUCUCCCUGUCAGAUUAGCAUAACCCUCUUCUUCUUCUUCUUCUUCAUCAGUUAAAGCUCAGACCUUUAUGUACUGAGAAGCAUUGUUUCUCAAAUCCUAGACAAACCCAGUAAGAAAGUUUAAUACUUUGGUGUAUUGAAGGCUUAGUUCAACCAGGGCUGGCUCCAUUUUCAGGGUUUUUGGGAGCUUAGCUGGUUGAUUACCAAUGUGGAAUAAAGCUUGAAUCUUGUUAAAAUGGGUGAUGUAAAGAUACCAAAUUGGGUAAAAGGUUUGCCAUUGGCGCCUGAAUUUUAUCCAACACAUACUGAAUUUGCAGACCCAAUUGCUUAUAUAUCGAAAAUCGAGAAGGAAGCUAGUGAGUUUGGUAUUUGUAAGAUUAUCCCACCAUUGCCGAAACCUUCGAAAAGAUAUGUUUUUAGUAACUUGAAUAAGUCACUAGCUAAGCGGCCCGAAUUGGGUUCUGAUUUGAUCCCUGGAAAUGAUGGUGCUGGAGAUGGUAGUAGUAAUGAUGGGGAGGUUACGGCAGUGUUUACCACUAGGCACCAGGAAUUGGGGACUGUGAAAAGAGCGAAAGGGGCGGCUGUUCAGGAUCCGCCAUCUUCGGGUGUUGAUAAGCAGGUGUGGCAGAGUGGGGAAGUUUAUACUUUAGAGCAAUUUGAGUCCAAGGCCAGGGGUUUUGCGAGGAGCGUUUUAGGUACGAUUAGAGAUGUUUCUCCGUUGGCUAUAGAGGCGAUGUUUUGGAAGGCAGCUUCUGAGAAGCCAAUAUACAUUGAGUAUGCCAAUGAUGUGCCUGGGUCAGCUUUUGAGGAACCAGAAGGUCUGUUGUGCUAUUCACGUAGGCGGAGGAGGAAGAGGAACUCCUACCACAGAGGUGGACCAAACACUGAUAGAAAGAGUGAAACGAUUAGCAGGUGUGAAAAAAACUCCGAAGAUGGUGAUCCUUCUACCAAAAAUGUUAUGCUUACAUGCUUAGAAGUACCCAAUUCAUCUGCUUCUCCGGAAAUCAUGUCAACAGAUGAAACUUCUCAAUCUUCUAGGAAAAGGAGUCAGAAUUCUUCCAGUGACAUGGAAGGUACUGCUGGUUGGAAGCUUUCAAACAGUCCAUGGAACUUGCAAGUCAUUGCACGCUCACCUGGUUCACUUACUCGUUUCAUGCCGGAUGAUAUCCCUGGUGUUACUUCUCCUAUGGUUUACAUUGGCAUGUUGUUCAGCUGGUUUGCUUGGCAUGUUGAAGAUCAUGAGCUACACAGCAUGAAUUUUCUGCACUAUGGAUCUGCAAAGACUUGGUAUUCUGUUCCUGGAGAUAAUGCAUUUGCUUUUGAGGAACUUAUUCGCACCAAGGCAUAUGGUGGUACUGCUGAUCAUCUAGCUGCUCUCUCACUACUGGGUAACAAAACAACUUUAAUGUCACCUGAGGUGGUUAUUGCAUCUGGAAUUCCGUGUUGCAGGUUAAUACAGAAUCCUGGUGAAUUUGUUGUGACUUUUCCAAGGGCUUACCAUGUUGGAUUCAGUCACGGUUUCAAUUGUGGGGAAGCUGCAAACUUUGGAACACCACAGUGGCUUAAAGUUGCUAAAGAAGCUGCAGUACGUAGAGCUGCGAUGAAUUAUCUUCCUAUGCUCUCCCAUCAACAGCUGUUAUACCUCUCAACUAUGUCUUUUAUUUCAAGAGUGCCAAGCUCCCUACUACCAGGUGUCCGGAGUUCCCGUAUGAGAGAUAAGCAAAAGGAAGACAGAGAGCUAUCAGUAAAGAAGGCUUUUAUUGAAGAUAUCUUAAAUGAGAAUGAUGUGUUAUCUGCUCUCCUUGGGAAAGAAUCAAAUUUUCGUGCAGUAUUAUGGAACCCUGAUUUACUUCCAUAUAAAAUGAAAGAGUCCCCUAUACCCUUUCCGAGUGUUCCUGUAGAUACAAAUUCAAAAGAUUAUGCUACGGAUACUCAGGGUGGAAAUACUUCUAAUGAUCAGAACUUCCUGGUAGAUGAGAUGAGUUUGUACAUGCAAAAUCUCAAUGAUUUAUAUUCGGGCAGCGAUGAUUUGUCCAGCGACUUCCAAGUUGACUCUGGAACAUUGGCAUGUGUGGCAUGUGGGAUACUUGGGUUUCCAUUCAUGUCUGUGGUGCAACCAUCUGGGAAAGCGUCAAUGGAACUACAGCCUGAACAUAAUUUGUCUGAAGAGAUGUCUGGAGUUUCAGGCAAUUCUCAUUUGUCACCAGAGCAUCGUAAUUCUUUCAAAAGCUGCGCUACAGAUGAUCUCUCUCCCAUUUCUAAUCCUUUUUCACAUGGAAAGGAUCCCCUAUUACCUUCCACAAGGUUUAACAACUGUUGGAAUACUUUUGAUAAGUUUUUUAGACCACGGAGUUUCUGUCUUGAACAUGCUGUUGAAACUUUGGAGCUGUUGCAGUGUAAAGGAGGAGCGAACAUGCUUGUGAUUUGCCAUUCUGACUAUCAGAAAAUUAAGGCUCCUGCUGCAGCCAUUGCGGAGGAAAUUGGUUGCCCUUUUAACUAUAAUGAGGUUCCAUUGGACAUUGCCUCAAAGGAAGAUCUAAACUUGAUAGAUCUUGCCAUUGAUGAUGGUCGUGAUGAAUGUGGAGAAGAUUGGACCUCAAAGUUGGGUAUCAACUUACGGUUCUGUGUCAAGGUCAGAAAAAGUUCUUCCUCAAAGCGAGUCCAGCAUGCAUUGGCAUUGGGUGAAGUGUUCUCUAAACAGAGUUGCAGCUCAGAAUUUAUAGCCGUUAACUGGAAAUCUAGAAGAUCCCGGACGAAGAAGGCUUAUCUAGAUGCCCCUUACAAACAACGUGAGACCAUUGAGAAAAAGAAGGAAGAAGUGGUAGGGGCAAAGUCAGCAGAAGCCACCUCAUUUAAAAGUGAAGUGAAAAUAGUUCAAUAUUCAAGAAGGAAUAAGCGAAAACCAUGUAUUUCUACAGAAGCAGGUAGGAUUGUUGAGCACCCUGCUACUUCUGAUGAACAUAGGAGCAUGCAGACCGAUAGUAGCACAUACAACCAUGGGAAGUCCGCCAGCAUAUGUGCAAGGUUGGACUCAUUUGCACCAUAUAGUAUAUCUGAAAUGCAUCCUGACGUCCAGAUGCUGGAAGCCAUCAGGGAUAUCUCUUUGGACUCCACUCUUUCACAGGUUGCAGAAACAAUUGCUUUAACAGCUGGAAGAGCUGAUGCACACAUUGAAAAUCAUAGUUUGGAAGAGAGGAACACUAAUGAUGGAGGUUGUAAAACAGCUGCAAGUGAGUCUGAUAUGCAAAAUGAGACCAAGAUCCUUGAACAAGCCAGAGAGAACAAUUCUUUUACUCCACUUGUCAUUGCACGUGAUGAAAGGUUUGAAAACCAGAGAGAGGAGCAGGAAAUCGAAAAAUUGAACAAAAAUGAUGGCAAUUGUAAUCUGUCGUCUGAAGGGCACUCCCAGCUUUUGGCUCAGGAGGAUGGUCUUAUGAAUGCAGUUUCUUCUUUCACCAAAUCAACAAACUUAUGUGCCGCUCACUCAAUUUUGUCAAGUUCUGAGAAACAGAUGGGCCAUGCAGUGACUGAAAAAUCUUGCGUGAAUAGUGAAAUUUGUGAAUCCAUAGCUACUACUGACAGAAGUGACAAGGCACCAGUUUCAUGUAAUGACACGCUAUUGGAUGACCCUACUUCUGGGGGAGCAGAAGGACGUGUUGAAUUUGAGAGAGAAACUCAUCCUACAGGGGAAUUUAGCAAUGUUGUUUCUUCGAAAUACAAACCGGAAAAAAAUAUUGACAUUCCACAAGGAAGAAAUGAGGAACCCAGUUUAAAUCAUACCAGACAAAUCAUUCAACCCUCUCCUGCUUUUAAAGACAGAUUGUCUGGAGUUCCAAUGGUGCUCUGUGCUGAAGCAGAUAUUCAGCGGGGUCUGACUUCACAUUGUGAAGAGUUUCAGGCUGCAGAUAAAAGUACUGAGGGGGAAUGUAUCUCUACUUCAGUGUUACACAGGGAAGAAAUCCACCCCUCUAUCACAUUGGAAGACUCUUCUGCAGUUCCAAACGGAAGCUCUCUGGAGGAAGGCAUGAACAAUGGAUUGACAUCAGCCACUGUAGUUCAGCAAGAUGCCCAAACUACAAAUGAAGCUGUGGAAGCACCUAGUCGCGAUUUUGUUGCCCGAGGAGAAAACCAGCCUAUACUUGUCUCAGUUGAUGAUGAAGUUCCCAGAGUGACUAGCAGUAAGGAAAUGAUUGCUAGUCAUGAUACUUCAAAAUGCGAGCUGUCUCGUGUUACAAUCAAAACAUAUUUUAGAGUUAAAAGAGGGAGUCGUGCUGCCCAAAAAUUGUGCAAUGGUAGUGAAGUUUGUACAUCACAACAUGAUAGAGAGCUGGGAAACAUUGAGCCUUCCAUUGUACACUGCAGACCAAGUCCUGAAACUGAAAGUAAAACAAAGAGAGGUAUGGAACAGAAGAUGGAUGACAAUUUCAAUAUCAGUGGAUAUAUUAGGGGGCCAUGUGAAGGUUUGAGACCAAGGGCUGGGAAGGGUGCGACAGUAAGUGAGACAGACAUUGAUGUUGAGGUCGAAGAGAAGCCAGUGGCAAAGAAGGUGAAGAGACCUUCAGAUGUUUCUGUUCCUGUAAAGGAUAAAAAGAAAGAGCAAGUGAGAAAGACCCACAGCUGCAACCUAGGGAGCUGUAGCAUGAGUUUUCACACAAAGGAGGAGUUAACGAUGCAUAAGCGUAACCGCUGCCCACAUGAAGGGUGCGGUAAGAAGUUCAGUUGCCACAAGUAUGCAGUGGUUCAUAGUCGUGUGCAUGAUAAUGCUAGGCCCUUCAAGUGUCCGUGGAAAGGUUGCUCCAUGUCAUUCAAGUGGGCAUGGGCACAGACUGAGCAUAUACGAGUGCACACUGGAGAAAAACCAUACAAGUGCAAGGUGGAUGGCUGUGGCCUCUCUUUCAGGUUUGUAUCUGAUUAUAGUCGUCACAGAAGAAAAACAGGUCAUUAUGUGAACUAAUAUGAAUAUAAUUCUUUUGAUUAGGCUAUUUGUGUAACAUAGGUAUAACUGUAUAAGCACAAGGGGUUCAAGGGGCCAAAGAGGCCUUUAGGAUCUGUGGUGUAAUCUUGUAUGUGGUUUUAGAUGUGCAACUAGGUAGCAAUUGACACUUAUGUAGCAGCAGCUGAUUUUUUGAGCCACAAUCGCUUGUCAUUCAACUCAUGAUUUUUCUGUGUUCCUGUUACAAUGGAAAUCUGAUGUUGUCUUAACCUCAUUCCACUCGUGC